GCGGAACUUCUUUAUAAAACACGCAUAUCGUCGGAAGCUAAAGACAGUUUUCGAAUAUUAUUUUCGAACAAAGUUCUUUAUUGUGAUUUGAAGUUCCUGUUUUCGAAGUAUCCUCAUUUAUACCAAGAUGUCAAACCCUCUUUUUACUACUGCUUUGUUCCUCUGUAUUUUGGUUUCCAGUCUAAACUACACUUGGUCUUACCCUGCUAAUAAUAACUUAGCACUGAAUUCUAGGUCAAAGAGAUCUACAGACGAAAGCCCAGAGGAGAUCGUCCGCAUUCUGAUGAAAUUAGCCGAGACAGUUCCAUCUUAUUAUAUGAUACCCAAUGAAAAAAGAGGAAUCGAUCUUGGUUUGUCCAGAGGAUUUUCCGGUAGUCAAGCCGCGAAGCACUUGAUGGGACUGCAAGCAGCAAAUUUCGCCAACGGACCAGGACGCAGACGUCGUGAUAUCGAAAGCCAGUGAACGUUAUUAAAACAGCCAGAUUAUUGAUUCCGAUCCUGUACAUAAAAUAACAAAAUGCACGAAUCAAAAAUGUGAAGAAAAACAUUUUUUCUAUUAUGAUAAAAGCUUUGUUCAUUCAAAUUUUCUAUUAUUUGUGUGAUAAAAAUAUUUCAAACUGUACUUGUUUCCUUAAAUAAAACGAUUUACUUCUAAUACA